AUGCUGUCCCUUAAAGGCCUCUUGAACCCGGCCCCUUCGGGAGAAAAUGCUUCCUCCUUCUCCCGGUCAGAUCAUACACCCGAGUUUCCAGGGAUUCUAAACAACAGGGCAUCUUCAAAUCAGUCGCAAGGUCGUGUAAUGAUGCCUACCGAUAGAGCUGGGUUCAAGGACGCCAACAGCCUGGCCAAAUCCAAGUUGCGUGGCCAAGUCAGAUUUUCCCCUCACGAGCACCUGGACGAGGUAGCUUUGCAAGAGAUCCGCAGACAUCGGGUGACCCCCUUUGGAAACAUUCACGAGACGUGCCUCCAUAUUCCUUACAACAGUGGCAAAAAAGAUUUUUUCGAGAAAACAGGGCGCGAGAGCUUCGAGGUUUUCAAGUAUGAGUUUGUUUCUCUAGAAAAUGGCACUGAAUACGCUGUCAUGUGGGACUAUAACAUUGGACUUGUUCGGAUGACCCCCUUUUUCAAAUGUCGAGGCUAUGGAAAGACAAUACCCGCAAAGAUGCUGGGCCUUAACCCAGGCCUGAAAGAAAUUACACAUAGUAUUACUGGUGGUUCUAUAGCUGCUCAAGGCUAUUGGAUGCCGUACCGAUGUGCCAAAGCUAUCUGUGCAACAUUCUGUCAUCCCAUCGCGGGUGCUUUAAUUCCUAUCUUCGGUCCAGGGUUUCCAGCUAUGUGUGUACAUCCUGGUAUGCCUGAAUAUGGCCGAAUGGUCAUAAACCAACAAAUAAUCAUCGACGCGACUCGGGAAGCCGAAAUUUGGCGCGUACAAAUGACUGUAAUCCCGCCGAAAUUUCACAGUCCGACAAGCUUCCCCAGAGAUGAUCGAAAUCUCCAGCAAAGAAUUUAUCCUCCAGAAGAACAUCGACGCCGGCAUCGACCUCGCCUGGUUUGCGAUCCAUCGUGGGCAAUGGAAAGUGAUACCGACCGCCACUACAUGUCGGCCCCCAACUCGGCCUCGAGCACUGGAUCAGGUCUCCAUGGUUAUAUGGUUACGUCUCAGCCAGGUUCAAGCUGGACUCCUGCAAACCGGCCCAGCCCAGAACCAAAUCCCUGGCUCAGCGCCAUACCUCGCAACCCACCUUUGCACCAUGAACCGACUCUUCCACAUCCGGCAUGGGGGCCUAAGCGGCGUCUUAAGAACGAAGAAUGGAGACACAAUUAUAGAGCAAGCGCCAGUCCUAACAUGAGUACGAGCUCUGUUGUGAUGGCAGCGACUCCCGAAGCUAGUCCGAUGAGGCAGCGAGUAGUCCGAGGACCAACCAUCGGAGCAGAUCCAGUCCAGCAGAGCGCAGCUUUGCUUCUAUUAAACCUCAGACAACAAGAACAGGAAGUUUCAGUCUCCAGUGCAGUUAUGUCACCUCCCAGUAUUACUAUAGGCAAUUCCAUCGAAGAACACCGCAGUAAGAGACAACGCACAACUUCGCCUUAA